CCUCAAAGCGGGAAAAGAGCCCUAUAAAGUCCGUGGGAAAAGAGAAUUCUUGCAGAGAAAAAAGAAAUGGCGCCAUUGUUGCAGAGCUCUCAGCCAUGGGUCGAAAAAUAUCGGCCAAAGCAAGUGAAAGAUGUGGCACACCAGGACGAGGUGGUCCGGGUCCUCACCAACACCCUCGAGACCACCAAUUGCCCGCACAUGCUCUUCUACGGCCCGCCCGGCACCGGCAAGACCACCACCGCGCUUGCCAUCGCCCACCAGCUCUUCGGGCCUGAGCUCUACAAGUCUAGGGUACUGGAGCUGAAUGCAAGUGAUGACCGUGGCAUCAACGUUGUUCGGACAAAGAUCAAAGAUUUUGCUGCUGUGGCUGUGGCUGUAGGUUCUAGUCAUCGUCAAGGGGGUUAUCCAUGUCCACCAUACAAGAUCAUAAUUCUAGAUGAGGCAGAUUCAAUGACUGAAGAUGCUCAGAAUGCCCUGAGGCGUACUAUGGAAACUUACUCCAAAGUUACAAGAUUCUUUUUUAUCUGUAAUUACAUCAGCAGGAUCAUAGAACCACUUGCUUCAAGGUGUGCAAAGUUCAGGUUCAAGCCACUUUCUGAAGAUAUCAUGAGCAGUCGUAUAUUGCAUAUUAGCAAAGAAGAAGGCCUCAAUCUAGAUGCGGAGGCUCUUUCAGCUCUAAGUUCUAUUUCACAGGGUGAUCUUCGUCGGGCUAUUACUUACUUACAGUCAGCUGCACGAUUAUUUGGAUCAUCCAUUUCUUGCAAGGAUCUGAUUAGUGUGUCUGGGGUUAUCCCACAAGAGGUCGUCGAGAAACUUCUUAUAGCAUGCAAAAGCGGUAACUUUGAUUUGGCGAACAAGGAAGUCAAUAAUAUAGUUGCGGAGGGAUAUCCAGUCUCUCAGAUGCUUUCUCAGAUACUUGAGGUGAUUGUUGAGGCAGAUGACAUAUCAGAUGAACAGAAGGCAAGAAUUUGCAAGAAAUUGGCCGAAGCAGAUAAGUGUCUUGUUGAUGGUGCGGAUGAAUACCUGCAGCUGCUCGAUGUAGCAAGCAAUACAAUGCGAGCUCUUUGUAACAUGCCGCAAGAAUUCCCAUAUGAGGGCUAGAUAGUUUGAGAAUCCUUUUCUAGAUACAGUUUGUUGUCAGAUAAUGUCGAGACAAGUAGUUUGACUUUGGAGAGAUGUUCAAUCUAUAAAAACAGAAAACUGUUUUUUUUUGCAGCCAAA